AGUCUAACUAUCAAAAUAUAAAAGUCACGAGCUUUGAAACUAGUAGUGUCAAAAUUUUAGAAUAUGGCUCCUCAAAUAUCACAAUUUAUUUCAACGAUACCGAAUAAGGAUGCGACAAAUCAUUUAGAUACAAUUCAGAAAAAUAAAUCACUGCCAGCUGACAUAAUGAAUUUGGUAAAGUCACUUCGGGCAUCUCGUGAGGAAAAUAAUGAUUUGCAGAUGAGAAACGAUGAAUUAAAAGAGGUAAUAAGAAAACUAGAGUCCGAAAAUGAAACGUUAAAACAAUCUCUCGUCGCUAACCAAGAAAAAUUCGAUCAAGCUAUUGAUAAACUUGAACAUCAAAUCAAGUACAACAAAGAAAGUUUACUAGAAAAUAAUAAAGAGUGUUUAACAAGGCAAAAGAAGUCUCUGAUAGAAAUUUCUGAAUUGAAAACAGAAAAUGAGCAGCUAAAGAAAGAAAUCGAAAGUAAAGAACGUAACUAUAAAGAACAAAUUAGAAAAUUGGAAACAGAAUUUGAGAAAGCUAUAGAAGAAAAUGUGAAAGUUGGUAAUCAAAACCAGGAGGUUAUCGAAAGAGCUAUGAAAUAUAAAGGUAAAUUGAAGCACGCCCUCGCAAUUAUCAAGGAUUUGAACACUUUGUUAAUUGAACGUAGUGCGAAAUCUGAAUUAUGCCAUGCUUGUACUCAAAUCGGUUACGGUGAAUCUUCCAUACCGAAAUUAUUGGAAACAAAAGAAUUAAAUCCACCUGAGUACAAUGAAUCUCGACAAGAAGAGCGUUUGUUAUCUGACAUAUUCUUCAAGAAGACAUCGUUUUGUGAAAACGAAAUAUUAUUAUUUAAAGGUAACAUCAACUGAAUCAAAUUUGAAGCCAUCAAUUGAAGACUGUCAUUUGCACAAAAAUAUAAAAUUAUUGAGCGCUUAAGGUCAUGUAAAUAAAUCAUGUCAAGAAAU